CCUCUAAUUCAUUGAGCUCAAAGCUUAGCAGCUUCACUGUUGUCGUGAGGCGUAAACAGCUUGCAAAUUCAAUUUUUUUCCCUCUCCCCACUUCUGAACUGGAUUUGGGCAAUGGAGGUGAAUGCAGCAGGUUGGAAGAGAAAACAGGAAUCUCUGGGUGUUUAGACACGUGGAAGAGAAGCUGGGCAGGAGUCAGUGAAGCGGAACGAGAGAGUCUUCCACAGAAGGAUGAGCUUAAAAUGAUCCCAUGUCUGUGAGUUAAGCGGUAUUUAUCAGGAGGUGCAUGUGACUGGCUAAGACACAGAGCCCCGGCUUGAAGGAAACAGCUGCUCGCAGAGUGCUCUGCACUUGGCAGCUGAACAGGCAGGGUGCUGAUGUGAGGAAUACUGCAAUCAAGUGCCCCAAAGAAUGAAUGCAGUGUCAAGACUUGGAUCCCCUCCAUGACUCAUUGGUACACACAAGAUACUGCUGACAUUUCUGUGUGGAUCUACUGAAAUCUCCUGGUCUCUAACCUCUCUAGGGGCAUGUUCUCCAAAGGACUUAUUUGAGUUGGGUAAGCCAGUUCAGCAGACUGCAUCUCCAAUGCUUUUUCCAAUGAUGAUAACUGCCCUUAAAAUCCUUUCAGACCUGGAUAUCUAUCUAUGUGAGACCAAUAAGUAUUUUGAGUCUUGAGGCUCCAGGACAAAGCCCACCACUAGGCACAAACAUCACCAGCUUGCAUGAUUAUGGAGAUGGUCUGUCUGAUGUUGAAAAUGUCCCUAGUUUUUUGACAACGGCUAAACAACCAUGGGGUCAAGUGGACUUGGGAAAGCGGCAACAUUAGAUGAACUGCUGAGCACUUGCAUUGAGAUGUUUGAUGACAAUGGAGAGCUGAAUAAUAGUUAUCUGCCAAGAAUAGUUCUACUGAUGCACCGAUGGUAUUUAUCUUCCACUGAACUGGCGGAAAAACUUCUCUGCAUGUAUCGAAAUGCCAGUGGAGAAAGCUGUGAUGAAUUUCGAUUAAAGAUCUGCUACUUCAUAAGGUACUGGAUUCUGAAGUUUCCUGCAGAGUUUAAUUUGGACCUCGGUUUGAUCCGUAUAACUGAGGAGUUCCGGGAAGUAGCUAGUCAACUGGGAUAUGAGAAACACGUCAGCCUCAUUGACAUAUCCAGCAUUCCUUCCUAUGAUUGGAUGAGAAGAGUCACACAGAGGAAAAAAGUAUCCAAGAAGGGAAAAGCCUGUCUGCUGUUUGACCAUCUGGAGCCCAUUGAAUUGGCUGAGCACCUCACUUUUCUGGAGCAUAAAUCUUUUAGAAGGAUCUCAUUCACCGAUUACCAAAGUUAUGUCAUCCAUGGCUGCCUGGAGAACAAUCCAACCUUGGAGCGGUCUAUUGCUUUAUUUAAUGGAAUCUCUAAGUGGGUCCAGUUGAUGGUUCUCAGCAAACCAACCCCUCAGCAAAGAGCACAAGUCAUCACAAAGUUUAUCAAUGUUGCCAAGAAGCUCCUUCAGCUCAAAAAUUUUAACACCCUGAUGGCAGUGGUGGGAGGCCUUAGUCAUAGUUCCAUUUCCCGGCUCAAAGAGACCCAUUCUCAUCUUUCUUCAGAAGUUUCAAAGAACUGGAAUGAAAUGAUGGAGCUGGUCUCCUCCAACGGCAAUUACUGUAAUUACCGCAAGGCCUUUGCCGACUGCGAUGGCUUCAAAAUCCCAAUCCUUGGCGUCCACUUGAAAGAUUUGAUAGCAGUCCAUGUCAUUUUCCCAGACUGGACGGAGGAGAACAAAGUGAACAUUGUGAAAAUGCACCAGCUCUCUGUUACCCUGAGUGAACUGGUCUCCCUGCAGAACGCCUCUCACCACUUGGAACCCAACCUGGAUUUGAUCAACUUGCUCACGCUUUCUCUGGACCUCUAUCACACAGAAGAUGACAUUUACAAACUCUCACUGGUGCUGGAGCCUAGAAAUUCUAAAUCGCAGCCUACCUCCCCUACAACGCCCACCAAGCCCGUGGUGCCCCUGGAGUGGGCAUCAGGGGUGAUGCCAAAGCCAGACCCUACGGUCAUCAACAAGCACAUACGGAAAUUAGUGGAGUCUGUGUUUAGAAACUAUGACCAUGACCAUGAUGGGUACAUCUCUCAAGAGGACUUUGAAAGUAUAGCUGCCAAUUUUCCCUUUUUGGAUUCCUUUUGUGUGCUGGACAAAGAUCAGGAUGGCCUAAUUAGUAAAGAUGAAAUGAUGGCUUACUUCCUGAGAGCUAAGUCCCAACUACACUGUAAAAUGGGACCAGGAUUUGUCCAUAACUUUCAGGAGAUGACCUAUCUCAAGCCAACCUUCUGUGAACACUGUGCAGGAUUUCUCUGGGGCAUAAUCAAGCAAGGAUACAAAUGCAAAGACUGUGGAGUCAAUUGUCACAAACAGUGCAAAGACCUUCUGGUUUUGGCCUGCAGGAGAUUUGCCCGGGCACCCUCCUUGAGCAGUAAUCAUGGAUCGUUGCCUGGAAGUCCAUCGCUGCCCCCAGUGCAGGAUGAGGUAUUCGAGUUCCCUGGCGUUGCUGCUGGACACCGAGACCUGGACAGCAGAGCCAUCACACUGGUCACAGGCUCCUCUCGCAAGAUCUCCGUGCGGCUGCAAAGGACCACCACCAGCCAGGCCACCCAGACCGAACCUGUGUGGUCAGAAGCUGGCUGGGGGGACUCAGGGUCCCACACUUUCCCCAAAAUGAAGUCCAAGUUCCACAACAAAGCAGCAAAGGACAAAGGCUUUGCCAAGUGGGAGAAUGAGAAGCCCAGGGUGCAGGCUGGCGUGGAUGUUGUUGACCGUGGCACCACGUUCGAACCAGACCAGGAUGAAGAAGACAUGGGUGAGACCAGACAGGAUGGUGAGUUCCUUCCUCAUUGAAGACAAUAAGGAUGCCACACAUUAUCUUCAGUCAUAUGAAGUUUACUGAUGGCUGACUUCAGGCUGAGAAUACUGAAGGCAAUUGCGCUGGCAUUUGGAAGAAGCAAGAUGAGAAACUCUGAAGAACACUCCAGCUCUCAGGAAAUUAUACGAAAAGAUAUCUGGAUAUUUACCGCCCUUGUGACACUGUGGGAUCUCCCUGAUAAAACUGUGGGACAGAGGAUUUACCCCAUGAACUAUUUAUUUCUCCUCCCUUGCCCCUCGUUAGGUGCCACAAAGACUGUGUUAUGUAGUUGGUAGUUUUCUCUCUUAUCUUCCUCUAGACCCAUUUAUAUAUGGGUGAAGUGAAAGCUUUUGUGCAUGUAGUUGAUACUCAUUCUCUAAACUCAAAUUUUGCUUUUUGUGUGUGAGAAUGUUAUUUCAGUAUUUUUAUAAACCUUUGAGUGGGGUUUUAACAAGGAGUUAAUUCAGAGAUCUUUUUGUGUGCUUUUUGGAUGGGACCAGGAUGUACCAUUUUCUUGAGGGACAAGGAAGCUCUUCCUGUCUUGGAAAGCAGGGGUUCUUCUAAUGAUGAUUUGUUGCAAGGAGAAGCUGUUUACAUUGUUCUUACCAUACAAUUGCUGUUAUGAUGUGUAACAAGUCACAGUUUUAUAAUCAUAUAAGUCUUACCAAUUCUGUAUCACUAGGUAGCUAUGACACAGCCAUGAAAACUCUUCUAAUAUUUAUAAUUGUCAUGGGGAAAAUUAACUAUACUUGUCCUAUCUGACUAGGUUUAGCCGUCUUUCUUAAAUCUUCUAUGUAGAAGUCUGAAUAGCAAUUAAAAAUCAAUUCAAGUUUUGGGGAAUAAAAUUUAGGAGAAAUACAAACUCAGACCACUUACUGAAAUGCUAAACAACCAGCAGUUUUCUUUGUGGGGGUUCAACAACAACAACCAGCAAUUUUUAAAAACUCAAAAUAGUUUUAAGAAUUUUGUUUGCUAAAAAAAGAAAUUUUGGUUGUGAAAGAUAACUCUUACGCUCUUCCUAAGAAAUCUUUCCGUCCGUGAUUAAAGAGUAAUUGUAGAGAGCAAAUCAUCACAAACCACUUUUGUGUUACAUUUCAUUUAAAAAGUGUCAAUAUUUUAAAUAUCUGCCAUAACUAGACAUGGGCCUGUUUCUUACAAGAUGAGAAAAGAAAGAACUUGGCUCAAAAUGUUCAAAAUAGAGACGGGAUUGAGCCUAUGGGUGAGGGGAAUGACCUGCUACCAAAUGACCAGACAGAAACUGGUCCCCAGAGAUGCACUGGUCUGCCUUUGGGAGCUUAAGAGUGAUUUUGUUUUUAUUUGGGGCAAUCACAUCAAUAAAGAAAUGCCUUUCUUCUCAUUUUCCAUUAGGUAAUUGAAGACAGUUCUGCUCAACAAACACUUGCUGAGCACCUGUGCUGGGCAGGCAGGUCCUGUGCUAGAUGCACAAAGAGGAGGAACACUUGGUCUUCUGCUCUCAGGAGCAGAGAGCCUGUGGGCAGUAAGCAAGAUGCUUCCUUAAAACACAGUUCCAAAUUUGCUAGAACUGACUUAAUUGUGCCAAACAGAUUUAGAGAUCAGUUUGCAGACAUAUUGCAAAUUAAAUGAAGUUAUUAGUUGAGGGAGUUGGGAUGAAACUAGAUAAUAAGAGAACUUACUUACCAUUGGCAAGCCCCUCAGAAGGCAAACAGCCAUCCCAGUAUUGGUUAUAUGUAUAUACACUCUCUGUUCCUACUCAUAAAUGCAAUGAGAUAUAUGUUAACAAAAUUAAAAACAGAAAAUGGCAAUGUAAGUACAAGAAA